AUGAAUAGAGCGAAUCAGUCGAGUGUCUCUGAGUUCAUCCUCCUGGGACUCUCCAGGCAGCCCCAGCAGCAGCAGCUCCUCUUUGUACUCUUCAUGAGCAUGUACCUGGCCACUGUCCCUGGAAACCUGCUCAUCAUCCUGGCCAUCAGCACAGACUCCCGCCUGCACACUCCCAUGUACUUCUUCCUCAGCAACCUGUCCUUUGUGGACAUCUGCUUCUCUUCCACCACUGUCCCCAAGAUGUUGACAAAUCACCUAUUUGGGAGUGAGUCCAUAUCUUUCUGUGGGUGUUUCAUGCAACUGUAUUUUCUCAUUGUGUUUGCCUACAUGGACAAUUUCCUCCUGGCUGUGAUGUCUUAUGACCGUUUUGUUGCUGUAUGCUAUCCCUUACACUACACAACAAAGAUGACUCAUCAGCUCUCUGCUCUGUUGGUGGCUGGGUCAUGGAUCACUGCCAAUCUGAAUGCUCUGUUGCAUACCCUACUAAUGGCUCGACUCUCCUUCUGUGCAGAUAAUAAGAUCCACCAUUACUUCUGUGAUGUAGUUCCUCUCCUGAAACUUUCCUGCUCAGACACACACCUCAAUGACUUGAUGAUCCUUAUUGUAGCAGGGCUGUUAAUGAUUCCUCCAUUUAUUUGCAUCCUCAUCUCAUACAUCCUUAUUGCCUGUGCAGUCCUGCAAAUUCCAUCCACAAAGGGAAAGUGGAAAACCUUUUCUACCUGUAGUUCCCACCUGGUUGUGGUUUCCUUCUUCUAUGGCACCAUUAUUGCUGUAUAUUUCAAUCCUUCAUCCUCCCACUCAGCUGAAACAGACACUCCAGCCACUGUGCUGUACACAGUUGUGACCCCCAUGCUGAACCCUUUUAUCUACAGCCUCAGGAACAAGGACUUAAAAGGAGCCCUAAGAAAGUUGAUUGUCAGGAAGAAGCUUUCUACCUGA